UUGGAGCCGUGAGCAAGCUGGGACCCAGCGCUGGGCGCCGGUUAACACCCACUCCUCGUCGCGGGUACCAUGGAGGCGGCGGUGUGUACCGAAAUCGAACCGGAGGAUGGCGACAGCAGCUGCGGGGAUGUGUGUUUCAUGGACAAAGGCCUGCACAGUAUAUCAGAGUUAUCUUUAGAUUCAUCCCUUCAUGCCAUCAAUUUGCAUUGUAAUAACAUCUCCAAGAUCUCAUCCAUUGACCACAUUUGGAACCUACGACAUUUAGAUCUGUCAUCUAAUCAAAUAAGUCAGAUUGAAGGCCUGAACACACUGACAAAGCUAUGCACUUUAAACCUGUCCUGCAAUUUGAUCACAAGAGUGGAAGGACUUGAGGCACUGGUUAAUCUGACUAGACUGAAUUUGUCUUAUAAUCACAUAAGUGAUCUUAGUGGGUUGAUGCCCCUUCAUGGACUAAAGUACAAACUUCGAUAUAUUGACCUACAUAGUAAUUAUAUAGAUAGCAUCCAUCACUUACUUCAGUGUACAGUAGGAUUGCACUUCCUGACCAAUCUUAUUUUAGAGAAAGAUGGAGAAGGCAAUCCUAUCUGUCUUAUACCAGGGUACCGAGCAAUCAUUCUCCAGACUUUACCACAACUGAGAAUCUUAGAUUGUAAGAAUAUAUUUGGUGAGCCAGUAAGUUUGGAAGAAAUAAACUCAUCACACCUACAAUGCUUAGAAGGUCUUUUGGAUAACUUAGUUUCUUCUGAUUCCCCCCUGAAUAUAAGUGAAGAUGAGGUCAUUGAUAAUAUGUCAGCACCACCAAUGGACGUGUUGCCUCCUUUGAAGGAAUUUACAAAUACUCCAGAAGAAAAUGUUUUGGCCUCACUUUUAUCUGUGUGUCCAUCUUCUGAACCAGAAAAAAAUAAUCAUGAAAACGAUUUUCAGAAUGAGGUGAAACUUCAGAAAUUAGAUGAUCAAAUCCUACAGCUUCUCAAUGAAACUAAUAAUUCCUUAAUAGAUAAUGUUCCUCAGAAAGACCUCAGACCUAAAAGAGACACAGAUGUAACUUCUGAAAGUGACUAUGGAACCAGAAAAGAGUGCAGCAGAAAAGUUCCCAGAAGAACAAAAAUCCCAUAUUAUGCCAGAACUAUUCAAACUAUUAAGCACCACAAUAAAAACAAUGGUGCUUUUGUAAGUUGUAAUCGUAAAAUGAGACAACCUUACUUUAGAGAUUUAUAUGUCAGAUCAUCUUUGGUAAACUGUAAUAACUUACGAGACAUGGAUGAGCAAAAGACUGGCAUAGUUAAAGUGGACAAGAGUGUCUCGGAUGACAGCACUUAUCGGUCCCUCAUGGAACAGUUAGACCAAGAGAGAGAGAUGAAGUGGAAAGCUGAGCAAACGGAAAAGAAACUUAUGGAUUAUAUUGAUGAGCUACAUAAGCAAGCAGAUGAGAAAAAAGAUGUUCACAGCCAGGCUCUUAUUACCACAGAUAGACUAAAGGAUGCUAUUUUUAAGGAGAGACAUUGCAAGGCUCAACUUGAAAUUAUAGUUCACAGACUUCAAAAUGAAGUUAAAAAACUAACUAUUGAAUUAAUGAAAGCUCGAGAUCAACAGGAAGAUCACAUCAGACACCUGAGAACCCUGGAAAGAGCGUUGGAAAAAAUGGAGAAGCAGAAAGCACAGCAGCAGCAGGCACAGAUAAGACUGAUCCAAGAGGUGGAACUCAAAGCCUCAGCUGCUGAUCGAGAAAUAAACUUACUUCGAACCUCUCUUCACCAAGAAAAACAGCAAGUGCAACAACUUCAUGAACUUCUGGCAUUGAAAGAGCAGGAACACAGGCAAGAAAUUCAAACUCGGGAGUUUUUCACUGAUGCUGAGUUCCAGGAUGCAUUAGCUAAACAAUUGUCCAAAGAAGAAAGAAAACAUGAGCAAGAAGUAAAAGAAUACCAAGAAAAAAUUGAUAUAUUAAACCAGCAGUAUUUGGAUUUAGAAAAUGAAUUCCGUAUUGCUUUAACUGUUGAAGCUAGAAGAUUUAAAGAUGUUAAAGAUGGCUUUGAAGAUGUUGCAACUGAGUUAGCGAAGAGUAAACAUGCUCUUAUUUGGGCUCAACGCAAAGAAAAUGAAUCUUCAUCUUUAAUUAAAGAUCUUACCUGUAUGGUGAAGGAACAAAAGACAAAACUCUCAGAAGUCUGCAAAUUGAAGCAGGAAGCAGCAGCAAAUUUACAGAAUCAAAUCAACACUCUUGAAAUUUUGAUUGAAGAUGACAAGCAGAAGAGCAUUCAAAUAGAACUUCUCAGACAUGAAAAAAACCAGCUGAUUUCUGAGCUGGCAGCCAAAGAGUCACUGAUUUAUGGCUUACGAACUGAGAGAAAAGUAUGGGGACAAGAACUGGCAUGUCAGAGCUCAUCACUAUCGCAGAGUCGUGGGAAAUUAGAAGCCCAAAUUGAAAGUUUAUACAGAGAAAAUGAAUCUCUGAGAAAAGCCCAUGAAAGUGACUGUGAUGCAUUGAGAAUAAAGUGCAAGAUCAUCGAGGACCAAACUGAAACCAUCCGGAAACUGAAAGAUUGUUUACAAGAAAAAGAUGGGCAAAUCAAAGUGCUACAAGAACAGAUCACUUUCAUAGAAAAAUGUUCUCAAGAGCAACUUAAUGAAAAGUCUUCACAACUAGAUUCUAUAGUUGAGAAACUGGAGAGACACAAUGAAAGAAAGGAGAAACUUAAGCAACAGUUGAAAGCAAAAGAAUUAGAACUUGAAGAAAUCAGAAAAGCUUACAGCACACUAAAUAAGAAAUGGCAUGAUAAAGGAGAACUACUCUCUCAUCUUGAAACGCAAGUAAAAGAAGUAAAAGAAAAAUUUGAAAACAAAGAAAGGAAACUGAAAGCAGAGAGAGACAAAAGUCUUGAGCUACAAAAGGAUGCACUGGAAAAGCUUCAAAACAUGGAUGACACCUUUAGAAAACAAGUUGAUGCAAUUGUUGAAGCUCAUCAAGCUGAAAUAAUACAGCUAGCAAAUGAGAAGCAGAAAUAUAUUGACUGUGCAAAUUUAAAGGAUGAUGCUGAGAGACUCCCUGAUACUGCACAAGUCUGUUUCAUGAUGUAAUAAGUUCUUGAGAAUUCUUAAGUCCAAAGGCCCUGCUCCUGAUUGUCCUGAAGAUCGAAAGCAGUUGCUGUUCCCAAGCCUCUGAGAUGAACAGAAAGGACAUGGAUGCUAAAUUCUACCUGAUUCUGAUAGAGCCGGAUUCACCGAUUGGCUCAUUAUAAGCUUAAGUGGGUCUUUCAUCCAACCGGAAAUAUGAGUCUUCCUCAGCCUCUGCUCUGAUGCCAUAAAUUUGCCUUGUAUACUAAAACAAUAAAAUCAUUUUAAAUUUUAAAAAAAAGUUAGAAAAAUAGAACCAGAGCUUAAAAAUAAUAAUUAGGCAUAUGAAGUAUACAGAACUUGAGGCAUCACUGAUAGGUAAAAAUUUAAAGCAGGAGAAGUUGGGGCUGGAGAGUUAGUUCAGCCUUUAAGAGCACUAGUCACUGUUGAAGAGGACCCAAGUUCUAUCGCCAGCACCCACAUGGCAGGUGACAAGCAUCUAUAACUCUAGUCCCAAGAGAGCCGAUGCCCUUUUCUGACUUCCAUGAGUCCUAACCAUGCUUUUGCAAAACAUGCAUAUAUGCAGGCAAAACACUCUUACACAAAAUAAUAAAAUCUAAAAAAAAUUUUUUUAAAUGAAUAAAUUAGGAAAAGUCAUUUUCUAAGGGAAAAGAAAUUAGGAGAUCUUAUUAAGGGAAUGUAGUAGCAGAAAAAGAUUGUUGCAGUAGCCGAAUCUGUCAGACAUGUUGAGCUAAAUAGAAGAAAGUUUCAAGCAAAGGUCUGUAGUAUGCAGUGCACAGAUCUUGGGGAAAUAUGGGCUAAGAAUGAAUGGUAAAAUUAUAUCGCAAAGAGAAAACACCACCAGAACUUUCAGAAAUGCUGGAGGGACCACAUUGAAAAGACUGAUUUGGGAGGAAGCUUGUGUGAGUUGCAAGUCUUUGAGGUGUGGGUAUUUUAAGUUAAACUCACCAUUGACAGGCUGCUCAGGACAAUGGGAUGAUGGAAUCAGAAAACUAGGUUUCUGUUCUCUGUAAAAUAGGAAUUUCACAUUUUCUAAACUCAAAAUGUAGUUAAAAUACAUUACUUUAUCCUUUGCAGGAGAAUCUUAUGAGGACUAAAUAGGUAAUACACAUGAAAGUACUUUAUAUAGCUUUCCAUUUUAUCAUUUGAAAAAAGUUGCAUCUUACUAACUUCAUUUAAUGAAUAACAACUUAUAGAGUACAUAAAAUACAUCGUUGACUUUUCAAAAUGCACUUAAAAUAUUUUUAGAAAAUUAAAAUGUAAAAUGUAUACAUUGGUUUAGGUUCAACAAGUUGAAGACGAAAUGCGAGGACUUCUGGAAGAAACAUGCAAGAACAAAAAAAUGAUGGAAGGAAAAAUUAAGCAACUUGCUUGUGCUAUAAGUGAGAUACAGAAA